GAGCUGGUGAAACAGCCCAAAUUACCCACAAACCCUGAAAAAAUGGACGCUUUAACAUCCAGUCUUGCUGAUGUGAUGGUCUCCACUCUCUUCGAUUUUAUUUCUGAUCGAUUGUCUGCUUCGGAGUUUCUCAACUUUGCCCGGAGAGAGCAGUUUUUCUCCCAACUCAACAAGUGGGAGAACUUUCUGCCCAAAAUCAAUGCACUGCUCCAGGACGCACAACAAAGCCACACCGCCAGUCCUGCCCUCAAACUCUGGCUCUCCGAUUUAAGAGACCUUGCUUACGAUGCUGAAGACAUCAUUGAUGAAAUUAACACCGAGGUCCAGCGCCGGAGAAUACUAGGACACACCCAAUAUGGCACCACGAGGAAGGUACGCUUCAUCUUUCCCCCAUGUUGUGCUGGUUUCAAUUCAAGCGGCAUUAAGUUUAGCGGGCGGCUGGGGGCAGAGAUGGAAGCUAUCACUGCUAGAUUUCAACUGAUUCUUGAGGAAAAGAAUAUUUUGAAUUUGGUGGAGGGAGGUGGCCAAGGGAGAUUGGAGACAAAAAAGGAGAGGCUGCGCUCUACUUCUUCUCUUGUGGAUGAAUCUCGGGUUUUUGGCAGGGAACAGGAUAAACAAGCCAUUCUUGAACAGUUAAUGGAUGGUGAAACUGGUGUGAUUUCAAUUGUCGGAAUGGGUGGUGUGGGCAAAACCACGCUUGCUCAGUUAGUUUACAAUGAUGAUAAAAUUGAGAACUUUUUUGAGUUGAAAGUUUGGGCUUGUGUCUCUACGGAAUUUGAUGUUGUUAGAGUGACUAGGACUCUGCUGCAGGGUGUUUCUUCGGAGAGUCUGCAGCAGGGUGUUUCUUCCGAGAGUCUCAGUUCCAAGGGCUUCGAUUCACUUCAAGUGGAGCUAAAGGAGAAGCUUUCUGGAAAGAAGUUUUUGAUUGUUCUGGAUGAUGUUUGGAAUGAGAACUAUGAGCAAUGGGAUGUUCUGCAAACACCCUUCAUGGCAGGAGCACCUGGGAGUAAAGUACUUGUAACCACUCGAAAUGAAGGGGUUGCGUCCAUCAUGACCACAUUCACAUAUCCGGCAUACCAUUUGCCGGUGUUGUCCAAUGAUGCUUGCUUUUUGUUGUUUGUCACACAUGCCCUUGGUGCCAGUAAUUUUGAUGAACACCCGAAUCUUAAAGAAAUUGGUGAAGAACUAGUGUGCAAGUGCAAAGGCUUACCACUGGCAGCCAAGACUUUGGGUGGGCUUCUGCGUGGUAAACGAAGUUAUCAUGAAUGGGAAGAUUUGUCAAGGAGCAAGAUGUGGGACAUAACAGAAAAAAGGGGUGGCAUCCUUCCUGCUCUGAUGUUGAGCUUCCAUUAUCUUCCUCCCCAUUUGAAACGAUGCUUUGCCUAUUCUGCUAUAUUUCCAAAGGACUAUGAAUUUGACAAGAAUGACUUGGUUCUAUUAUGGAUGGCAGAGGGGUUAAUACAACAAGCAAAGGGAGAAAAACAAAUGCAAGACGUAGGUCUUACGUAUUUUCAUGAUUUAGUUUCAAUGUCUUUUUUCCAACAGUCAAGUAGCAACAAAAAACUGUUUGUUAUGCAUGACCUUAUAAAUGAUCUAGCUCAAUUUGUUGCUGGAGAAAUUUGCCUUCAUUUUGAGGAUACCUGUGAAGACAAGCUGCGUGCAUUUAUUGCAAAGCUUCGUCAUUUGUCAUUCACUCGCCACCAGUAUGAGAUUUCCAAAAGAUUUGAAGCAUUAGAUCCUGUGCACUGUUUACGGACUUUCAUAGCAUUGCCAAUGGAUACAUCAUCUUGGGGAGCAUGCUAUUACAUAAGUAGUGAUGUGUUACAGGAGUUGGUGGCAAAACUAAGAUGCUUAAGGGUGCUAUGUUUGAGUGGAUACUGCAUAGAUGAAAUACCAUAUUCUAUUGGUGAUCUGAAGCAUUUGAGGUACCUUAAUUUGUCUCACAGUACAAUUAAACAGUUACCAGAAUCUGUGGGCAGCCUAUUCAACUUACAAACACUUUUAUUGAGAGGCUGCAGGAACCUUACUAAGCUGCCACAAGGUAUUGAAAAUCUAAUUAACCUUCUUGUCCUUAAUCUUACUGAUACUGAGAAAUUAGUGGAGAUGCCAUUGCGAAUAGGCAAGUUGAUAAAUCUUCAAAUUUUGUCCAAAUUCAGUGUUGCAAAGGACAGUCAGUUUGGCAUUAGAGAAUUGAAGGACUUGUUACAUUUAACAGGGGAGCUUUCCAUCACUGGGUUGGAAAAUGUGGUGCAUGUUCGAGAUGCAGAUGCUAAUCUAAUGGACAAGCGUGGUAUUGAUGGCUUAUAUUUGAAAUGGGGUACUGAGUUCCUUGAUCACCAAAAGGAAGAAGAUGAAAUGCUUGUUCUUGAUAUGCUAAAACCUAGUAAGAAUCUGAAAGAACUUACAAUUUCAUUUUAUGGUGGUACAAGAUUUCCUUCUUGGUUAGGAGAUCCCUCAUUCACUAAGAUUGUGCACAUGAACCUUAAUGACUGCAGUAAAAGUAUGUCACUUCCAUCACUUGGGAGACUGCCAUUAUUGAAGAAGUUGUCCAUCCGAGGAAUGAAUAGAGUCAAGAAGGUGGGUCUUGAGUUUUAUGGUGAAGGUUUGCCUUCUGCUAAGAUGUUUCCAUCCUUGGAAAUUCUGUGGUUUCAGAAGAUGUUAGAAUGGGAAUGUUGGUCUUCUACUCAUAAAGGUGAUGAAUUUCCUUCUCUUCGUGAGCUCAUGAUAAAAGAUUGUCCAAAGCUAACUGGGGACUUACCAAGACAUCUUCCUUCCCUUGUGAAGCUUAUCAUUAGUCACUGCCCAAAGUUGGAGGGUUCACUUGUGAGCCUCCCCUCCCUUCGUGAAUUAAAUAUUGAAGACUGCAACAAGAAGCAACUGAAAAAUAUUGUUCACCUUACUUCCUUAACAACACUAAGAAUCCGAAGUAUUAGGGACCUUGCAUGUCUGCCGCAAGAGAUGCUAGAGUCUCUAAGUGCACUUCAAACCCUUGAUGUAUCCAAUUGCACUGAACUGACAUCUUUGUGGCAGAAGGGUACUGGACUGAAGAACAUUGUUUCUCUUGAGCACCUAAAAAUUAAGGGCUGCUCCAAAUUUGUAUCUCUGAUAGAAAAUGAGCAAGGUCUUCCUGGUGGUUUGGAUGAUAUUGAAUUGAUCAACUGUGGCUACUUGGAGAAACUGACUCUCAAAAGUUUUCAUAUUGAAUCAUGCCCGAAACUUGUAUCCUUUCCUGAGACAGGUUGCUUGUCCACACUUAGACAUCUUAAGUUGAAAGAUUGUGUAGCUCUUAAGAAACUGCCUGAUUGGAAGAUGAUGCUUAAUUGCAGGACUGGUGAUUGUCUUCUUGAAGACUUGGAGAUUGAGGAAUGUCCUUCCCUCACAUACCUUCCAAGAGGCAACAUGCUUACCAGUUUGCAAAGGUUGAAAAUCCGACGUUGUGCAGAUUUGCAGUCUCUACCCGAGGGAAUCAUGCAGAACAAUAAUGACACACACAUGUGGGAUCUUAAGAGCUUGGAGAUUGAUAAUUGUCCAUCUGUAACGUGCUUUCCUGAAGGCAUAUUACCAGUUAGUCUUAAAACACUGAAAAUUUGUGAUUGCUCAAAGCUGGAACCACUUUCAGAGCGGCUGCUGCACAACAAUGCAUCACUUGAAUACAUCUAUAUGCGGAACUAUACAACUCUCAGAAGUUUGCCAGAAUGCCUAUAUAGCCUCACACAUCUGACUGAAUUAAUUAUAAGUAAUUGUCCAGCUUUAAUCUCCUUUCCAGAGCCAGGUCUCUCACCCACUUUGAAAACCUUAGAAAUCUACAGUUGUGCCAAUCUCAAAUCUCUACCUGAGAGGAUGCAAAAUCUUGCCUCUCUUCAAUAUCUAACAGUUUGUGACUGUCCAUGUCUUGUGUCGUUUCCCAAAGAGGGUUUGUCCCCUCAACUAUUGGUACUGGAGGUCUGGGAUUGCAUAAAUUUGAAGCAGUCAAUGGCAGAGUGGAACCUACACUCUCUAGCCUCUCUUAAAGAGCUCAUCAUUGUUGGUGCACCGGAUGCAGCUUCCUUCCCAGAUGGAAAGUGUCUGCUUCCUACAACUCUCACUUCUAUAGUCAUUUCUAAACUCAACAGUCUAGAAUCUCUAUCAGCAGAACUACAAAACCUGACCUCUCUUGAAGAGCUAGAAGUCAGCAAUUGUCCAAAGCUUCAAGAGUUGCCAAGGAAAGGAAUGCCUGCAAAACUUGGAAAACUUUGUAUCAGAAACUGUCAACUUCUACAACAACGCUUAAAGAAGAAUGGAGUAUAUUGGCCGUUGAUAGCCCACAUUCCUUGUAAAGAAAUAAUAGAUGAUUAAAUUCAAAAACGACCCAGCAUUGAACUGUUGCAAGUGAGCAGUUCUUGGUACCAAAUUGUAGGAGACUGGUGGUGAUGGAUUCAAGGAGGAGGAGGAGGAGAACUGGGGAGCCCUUUACCUUUGCUCAGAGCUACUGUAAGAUCAAUGGCUGGACUAUGAAUGUAUCUCAACGUUCAAGAGUUGUGAAGGGAAAGAAUGCCUGCAAAACUUGGAAAACUUUGUAUCGGAAACUGUCAACUGCUACAACAACUCUUAAAGAAGGAGCAUAUUGGCCGUUGAUAGCCCACAUACCUUAGAUAGAAAUAGAAUGAUUAAAUUUAAAAAAGACCCAGCAUCCAAUUGUUGCAAGUGAGCUGUUUUUGGUAUCAAAUUGUAGGAGGCUGGUGGUGAUGGAUUCAAGGAAGAGAACUGAGGAGACCUUUACCUUUGCUCAGAGCUACUAUUUAAACACAUUAUAUCCAUCAAACUUGGUGUUACAGCACACUACAUACAGAGGGAAUAUCAACAAGGUAAAACACAUUUUAGCUUAAACUCUGUUUUAUGGUGCAAACACUUGGGAUUUGCUCAUAAUUAAUUUGGAAAGUGGAUAGUGGCAUCAUGUAAUAACUUUGGUUUGCUAUUGGGUUUCUGCUAAGAGAAAUUAAAGAUUCCAGGCGAGUUGCAUAAUUAAUGUCUAUGUUGCUAUACCCUGCUGAUACCAUUAUACUGUAGAUAUGCUAAACAAGAACUUUGAACUGGACAAGAGGGGAGAUUUGUUUGUGACAGUUGAGAAUGCCAUUGUUGUUAAACUAGGUACAAUCAGUUUCCAGUUUGUAAAUCUCAUCUUAAAUCCUUCAAGUCUCCGUUCACUUCUAGUUAAUGUAACCUUUUGCUUCUCCAGUUUUUCAACGUCUCAUUUGCAUGCUGUUGUUGUUGGCAUUUACCUGUGUGCUGUUUUGUUUGUUGUUGUUGGAAUGCAAAUCUGGAGAAAGUUUGGGGGAAAGAUAUGAUGCAUGUUUGGCAGCUUAAAACUAGAGGACCACUUGUUAGGGAAUGGUUGGCCAUGUAUAAUGCCCAUGGCGUGGAAAGCUGUUGAAAGGAUAAACAUGCCUUUAAUAUUCAGUUCAUGUAUUUGGUAUGAAUAAUAUUUAAUAAUGUAUCUAGAAGAAUGGGAUUCAUGUAUACCAGUUAACUAGGGGAAGAACCAGUGUUUAUGAUUUAUCUAUAAAUAACUUUGUAAAUU